UGUCACAGCCUCGCUCAAGUUCAAGGUUCAAACUCCACGGGGCUCUGCCUGGGACCGGCGGGGACACUCAGGGACCGGUGAGAACACACAGGGACCGGAGGGGACACUCAGGGACCGCCAUGUCUCUGUCCAGCCACUCGGACGCCGAGUGCAGCCCCUGCCCCCCGCAGGGACCCCGCGAUCCCCCAGGGGACACGGAGCGGGGAGGGGACACGGAGCAGGGAGGGGACACGGAGCCCGCCGAGGACAAGGUGUGCGCCGUGUGCGGGGACAGGGCCAACGGGUACCACUUCCACGUGCUGAGCUGCGAGGGCUGCAAGGGCUUCUUCAGACGCUCCAUCCUCAAGGGGGUCCGGUACAGCUGCCCCCUGGCCCGGCGCUGCCCCGUCACCAAGGCCAAGAGGAGGCAGUGCCAGGCCUGUCGCCUCCAGAAGUGCCUCGACGUGGGCAUGAGGAGGGACAUGAUCAUGUCGGAGGAGGCGCUGCGGCGGCGGCGGGCGCUGCGGGAACAGCGGGGACAGCCCGGGGGACAGCCCGGGGGGCUCACGGCCGAGCAGCAGGAGCUCAUCGAUCUCCUCAUCGCCGCCCACCAGCGAACCUUUGACUCCAGCUUCUCCCAGUUCGCCCACUACUGGCCCGCCGUGCGUCUGUACAUCCCCAGCCCCCCCAGGUCGGGGGUGGCUGCGGGGGGGUCCCCCCCUCCUCUGCCACCCCCCACGGAGGACGUGCUGCCCGACGUGUUCUCGAUGCUGCCCCACUUCGCCGACCUGAGCACCUUCAUGAUCCAGCAGGUCAUCAAGUUCGCCAAGGAGAUCCCCAUCUUCAGGAGUUUGCCCGUAGACACCCAGAUCUCGCUGCUGAAAGGGGCCACGCUGCAGAUCUGCCAGAUCCGCUUCAACACCGUCUUCAACGCCAACACCAAGGUGUGGGAGUGCGGCCAGCACUGCUACACCAUCCGCGACGGGGCACUGGCCGGGUUCCAGCAGGUCUACCUGGAGCCGCUGCUCAAGUUCCACGAGAGCCUGAGGCGGCUGCACCUGCACGAGGCCGAGUACGCCCUGCUCCAGGCCAUGCUGCUCUUCUCCCCAGGCCACGCCGACAUCGCCCAGCGCGACCUCAUCGACCAGUUCCAGGAGAAGGUGGCCCUGACCCUCAAGAGCUACAUCGACCACCGGCACCCCAAGGGCAGGUUCCUGUACCCGAAGCUGCUGCUGCUGCUGACGGAGCUGCAGACGCUGAAGGUGGAGAACACGCGGCAGAUCCUGCACAUCCACGACCUGUCCUCCAUGACCCCCCUGCUCUCCGAGAUCAUCAGCUGACCCCCCGCCGGGGUGGCACCCCCUCGGUCCCCAAGUGCCACCACGGGGGACAGAGUAAAGCUCCUUUAUUCAGCCAGGCC